CUGUAAUGUCAUGUGAGGGAAUGGUAAAGCCUCAAACUCAGGGAUACCUUCCACCUUGCAUAAAGAUGAAUGCGGCACAAUUUGCUUUUGUAACCUCCGUGUUUACCUUGGGAGGUCUUCUUGGGUCAUUGUUUGCUUCACGCGUCGCGGAUAGUAGAGGGAGACGAGCAACAUUGAUUUUGAACGGUGUGUUUUUAGGUUUAGGACCAUUGGUUAUGGGAUUUGCUCCAAAUAUAACUGCUUUGGUCGUUGGAAGGGUUCUUGCCGGUAUUGGUUCUGGAGUGGUAACGGUGGUUGUUCCCACAUAUCUUGCCGAAAUAUCUACCGUAGAGCUUCGUGGAACUUUUG